GAUAGCAUUGAUCAUUUCAGGCACCGAGAUUCCAAGGAGAUAUGAAGAUAAGUGAUUUUCUCAGAGGGGUUGGGAAUACAUCAACCUCACUUACGCGGGCGCUGGGAAAUGCAGCAGCGAAUAAGAAGAACAGUUCCUACUAUAAUACCAAGGAGCAGUAUAGCACCCGUGGUUAUGGAGAAACGGUUGGACUAAUCAUAGCGUUCGGGAUUCUCAUCCUAGUGUCCCUGUUUGGUAAUGUCCUCAUGUGUCACGUGAUCAUUAAAAAUAAGCGAAUGUGGACAGUGACGAAUCUGUUCAUCACAAAUCUCGCUAUAGCGGAUAUUGUCAUCACGAUCGUUAACAUUCCUUUCAACAUCGCCCGCUUUGCCUUCAACGAAUGGCCAUUUGGGACAGCAAUGUGCCAUUUAGUGAACUUCAGUUUGAUGGUUUCUGUAUAUGUGUCGACAUUUACGUUGGCGAGUAUAGCCCUGGAUCGACAUCGGGUGAUAAUCCACCCAUUUAAAGGACGCAUCUCUACAAAACAGGGCACGAUUGUAGUGGCGAUAGUAUGGAUGUUGGCCGUCAUGCUUUCAUUGCCAUAUGCGAUAUUCUCAAAGGUUCAGCAGAGAAGCACAUUGCUCCAUAAAGUGGACAGGUGUAUAGAAGCAUACCCGAGUCCAUCUGAUAUUUACGCACAGGGAAUUCAAUUAGCGACGAUCCUGGCUCAGUAUGGCAUCCCUCUAGCGAUAAUUUCGGUAUCGUAUGGGCGUAUCGUGAAACUGUUAUGGCUACGUGCACCGUUGGGGGAGGCCACUGUCCGACAGCAUAUGGCUCAAGCGAAAGGCAAAAGAAAGACAAUCAAAAUAUUGAUAUUGGUUGUUGUGGUAUUCGCUAUUUGUUGGAUGCCUUUGAAUUUAUAUCAUUUACUAACGGAUCUUCGUCCAGACUUAUUUCGUCAUAACAGCAUUGCAUUCUUCGUCUGUUACUGGAUCGCCCUCAGCAGUGUUUGCUAUAAUCCGUUCAUAUAUUGCUGGCUGAACGAGAACUUCAGAAAUGAAGUGAAAAAGGUGUUCCCGUUGUGUUGUACGAUACGUACCAAUAGCCGAGAUAAUAGCAGAAGAUAUAGGGCCAAUAUGUGCGACAAUAGAAGCCAACACUAUGGUAAACAAUACAUGUUAGUCAUAAACAAAACGGAUGGUUCCACAUCUUCGUUUGUAUUAAAGGACACUGAUAUCAAGAACACGCGAUCUACCGAGCCUUAUUGCGCAUUUAAGAUAGACAACGAUGACAGCCCGUUCUUACUCCACCAGGCGGGGAAUACACCGGGCUCCUCGCCCAUCCUAACGGUGAACAGACUCAAAGUUCAUAAAGGCAUUAUUUGAAUGAAUGCAAGUGAAGAAGAACAUAGAAUCUAAUGACAAACAUUCAAACAUACGUUGGAACAUUGUAUGUGUGGGCAUAUUAAAGGCACAGAUAAACACAAGAGAUAAUUAUUAGUAAUUACAAAUACUAACUUAUUUGGAACAUUUGGAACACCAUGGGAAUCUGGAAACACGGUAUCAAAGGUCAACAAGCAUUUAUGAAUAAAUCGACUUUCCAUUGUUUUCGAUAUGUAGAUUCCAGGAGUGUUUAAUCUAUACAAUAAGUUUAUUUCCGUUUGAACGUUUGGAAUCUUAGAAGAGCUCAAAACUCCGUUCGCUUAUUUUGGAUUCUAUAAUCCAUAACUGUGUCUGCAAUCUAAAAUGUAAAACUAGGCGCCGGGCUACAAGAAAUCAUACACUCUCCUCCAAAAGUUUGGCAACAAUAACUACGUUUUAGAUAAAAGUGUCAAUAUGAACAUGCUUUAACACGUGCUCUAGAAGGGGAAUUGGUGAUGCCAAACUUAUAUUGAAUAUUGAGAGAAGUGUACAUAUCGAGUUGUUUUCUUUCAGUAGCACCCUUGGUAUACGCAGCUAACGAAAAUUGACCGGCACGGGUCAAAAGCUGGACCGGCACGGGUUAACGGUUUUAUUUGAAUUUAAAACAGCCAUAACUUGCUCAAUAUUGACUUCCUCGUGUCUAAUUUGAAAUAUAUGAUGCCUCCCGAUGCUUUUAAGUACCCCAAUUUUUUACAGAUUUUUAAACGGACCAAAACUCUCUAAAUGCGCAUUUAUGCUCUUUUCUCUCGAGAACGACUGUCUCAUUUUCACGAUAACUUUUAUUUAGUACUUCUAACAUAUAAGAUCUAUUUUUCCCCAUCAAGGUAUGAUGUAAAUGACAUGCUAUUUACAUAUUGUGAGUUUCAAUGACGCGCGUUUGAUUUUAUAAAAAAUGCCAAACUUUGUGACAAAGAAUUUCCUCCUGCUUGCAGCGAGAAGACGGACCGGUUCGGGGCAAUAGCAU